AUGUCAAAGAAAACUGUUGUAUCAGUGGAUUUACUAUGUUCAAAGUGCAAGAAGUGGGUAAUGAAAUCGAUAGCAUCCAUAGAAGACAUAAAUUCAAUUGUUCUCGAUCCAUCAAAAAACACAGCUACUGUAAUUGGAGAUGCCGAUCCUGCUCAGAUCAUUAAGAAGCUGAGAAAAUGCAGGAGAUCAGCUGCAUUUGUUAGUAUCGGUCCUGCUAAAGAGGAGAAAAAGGAUGAUAAGAAAGAUAAGAAAGAUGAGAAGAAAGAAAAUUUUACAACGGUUCCAAAGACGUGCCAAAGAUGUGAAGUUUGGUAUGUAAUUGGGGAACAUGAUUAUAAUUACUGUUCUAUCUUGUAA